AUGAUGGACUUGCAGUCUAAUGAUGUUGAUUUGGAGGAUGGAGAACUGUCAGAAAGUGCCGAUGACGAAAUCUAUAAACCGCUGCAGCGGCCUACUCCUAUAUCAGCCCCAACUACGGGCAUUGAGAAAGUUGCGAGCCCGCUUGCCACCUGCCACCAGAUACAAUGCGCCUUAGAUGAUGACUCACAGACCAACAGCGAGUCCUCGUCGGGUGAAUCUUCAGAGGGAUGCAUAAAAAAAUUGCGCACAGAUGCCGCCGCAAUUGAUGGUCAAAGGAAGCGAAAACAUCGCACUAGGCGCACUGUCAUGGUGCGAGUACCGCCCACAGACGCAGACAUGCAGCCGAAUCGCGCGCGCUUCAAAAAGUACAACGUGUGGACGGCGGCUUUACAGGAAGAAACUCUUAGUGAAAAUAUGAGGGGUUGUGACGUGACCCGUGGAACCAGUGACCGCAACGUUGAGAACUAUGAUUUUUCGUUAAAGUAUCGCCUCAACGGGGAGAACGUGUUAAAGCGCCGGUUAUCCAAUUCUUCAGAAGAAGAGGAAUCGCACUCAGUCCAUAAAAGGGGGCGUCCAUCAGGUCGUGCAGCCGUUGACUACCUCCAGCAGCGGGGUACGGUUAAAAGUCGAAUUGUACAUCGUUCUCGCCGUCACACUUCCUCUGCUAGUGCGUCCUCGGACAACACAUGUGAGCCUAGGCAAAUUCUCGAUUUAAAUGAAACGAGGGGACGCGAACCUUCUGAUGUGGCCCGUGAAAUGGCCAACAAAUUACACGAGAAAAAAGACGAGCUUUUGGUGAGAGCUAUAGAAAUACUCGGCAUAGAAUUGCUGCAAGAAAUAUACAAGGAAACACAGCGCAUCGAAGCUGAUGGCGGCAUGAUGAUCAAGACUGGCCAACGAAGGCGUACACCAGGAGGAGUAUUUUUUUUCCUCUUGAAACACAACGAUAGUAUCACGCCAGAGCAACAAAAGUCAAUUUUCGCUGAAGAUCGCCAAAGUGUAAAUAAGUCUCGCAAACAAAUUGAAACAUUAAUGCGAGAUCGUAAGGUAGAGGAGCUAAAGAAAUGUCUAAGUAAACAAAGUACCGAAAUGCCUUCGUUGAAUUCACGCAAGGAACUGUAUAUGCAAGGAGCUGAAUCCAGCGCUGAGAGUCAACCAGGAAAUUUGUCUAAUCCGCCACCUUCCCCUGUAGGUCAGGGGCAGUGUAGUCCCGAAUAUAAGACGCACGAAAUAACCAUAAAUCAUGUAGACAAUUCGGAUAUACCAUCCACAUCAAAAGCUGCUUCGACAGCCGGCCUUAAGGAUUUAGUAAGCUAUGACGAUGAUUUUUUGGACGUGAAUUGCGGUGAAAUGGAUUUCUUUUAAACGUGCACAAAGCGUUUUAAUAUAAAUGGUCUAUAUUGAAAACAA